GGCGACAAAGAGCAAAGAGUUAAGAAACCAAAAUGGCUCAGGAGGUACCGCCAGUCGUGGUUGAUGAUUCUGAACCGAGACUGGCUGCAAGGCGAAUGAGGGAGCCGCCCAAGACUGCCGCCGGCCAGAUAUACUGUGAUCACCCAGAUUGCCACGAUCAUAUAUCUUCGAGGGACGCAGUGAGUGGAAACUGUGAUCGCAGCUCAGGAGAAGGAUUUACCAGAAAGGGAUAUCUCUCACUCCAUAACCACCGCUCUCAUACGAAUGAAGAUAGCAUCGAAUCUCUCCGUGCUGAAAUUACUCGGCUUCAGCGGGAAGCUAUGCAAAGAGAUUCAAGACUGGAUAAGAUGGAAAUGGAGCUGAAACAGUUGCAGCAGCUGACUGAAAAAGCUUCUGUUCAGCUCCCUUCCUGUGCGGAGCUCGAAGUGGGAGUUUCAGGAAAUGGAUUCCACAAAACCAAACUGCACAUGUUCAAGGCUAUCGGAUGAUGAUUAUUGGUUUGGGAUAUGUUGAUGCCCUGUAUUUACUCUUCUCUAUCUGACACCAGAGCCCUGUUUGAUUUUCUGUCAUACAUGCAUGAUUUGUUCCAGAAAAUUAGAAAUUCCGGAUGCUGAGUGAUGAAUAUGCAAGAAGGUAGUUAUGGGACCAGUGCAAGCAACCAGCAUGCAAAUGGGAUGAAUUUGUAGGGGAAAAGAAUUGCUACUUCAAUGAGUGAAGAAUAAUAGUUAGCAAGACAGCAAAUAGAAAGAUUGGAUGG